AUAUUUUUUUUAAAAAUGAGAAAUGACACAGUGGUUGUUGUUGUUUCCUGAAAAACAGUCAGUGUGUCAGUCUGUGUGUUUCACACUGAGGGACUGGUGUGUGUGUGUGCAGAAGAAUCAGUAAUGAUGAAGUGCUUAUAUCUUUUGUAUGUCGUGUUUCACGUCUCUGCAGGCUGUGAUCUCUCUGUUCAAACUAAAUAUGUUUACAUUGGACAUCCUGGUGGUUCAGUUCUGUUACCCUGCUCCUGCUCUGACCUGCACACCAAACCUCACACAUUCACCUGGAUGGCCUACAUAAGAGGAGGUCUGAAAGACAUGUUAAAUGAUGAACACUAUCGUGGCAGACUUCAGCUGUUUAAUCACAUUUCUCCUGGUAAUCUGUCUCUGCUCAUAUCUGACCUGAGACUAGAGGAUGAUGUAGACUACAGGUGCAAAACUGAGAAGGAACACAGAGACAUGAGGAUUUAUGUUAAAGGCUGUUAUCUCUCUGCUCAAACUAAAUAUGAAUACAAUGGACAUCCUGGUGGUUCAGUUCUGUUACCCUGCUCCUGCUCUGACCUGCACACCAAACCUCACACAUUCACCUGGAUGGCCUACAUAAGAGGAGGUCUGAAUGACAUGUUAAAUGAUGAACACUACCGUGGCAGACUUCAGCUGUUUAAUCACAUUUCUCCUGGUAAUCUGUCUCUGCUCAUAUCUGACCUGAGACUAGAGGAUGAUGUAGACUACAGGUGCAGAACUGAGAAGGAUCACAGAGACAUGAGGAUUUAUGUUAAAGGCUGUGAUCUCUCUGGUGAUAAACAUCAGGUAGUUAUCAAUGGACACCCUGGUGGUUCAGUUCUGUUACCCUGCUCCUGCUCUGAUCUGCACACCAAACCUCACACAUUCACCUGGACAACAGACAGAACAGGACACUGGACUGACGUGUUCAAAGAUGAGCUCUACCGUGACAGACUUCAGCUAUUUAAUCACAUUUCUCCUGGUAAUCUGUCUCUGCUCAUAUUUGACCUGAGAGAAGAGGAUCAGAGAGUCUACAGGUGCAGAACUGGAUUAAGGGAAUACAGAAACAUCAGGAUUAAUGUUAAAGGCUGUGAUCUCUCUGGUGAUAAACAUCAGGUAGUUAUUAAUGGACACCCUGGUGGUUCAGUUCUGUUACCCUGCUCCUGCUCUGACCUGCACACCAAACCUCACACAUUCACCUGGACGACUAACAGAACAGGACACUGGACUGACGUGUUAAAUGAUGAACACUACCGUGACAGACUUCAGCUGUUUAAUCACAUUUCUCCUGGUAAUCUGUCUCUGCUCAUAUCUGACCUGAGAGAAGAGGAUCAGAGAGACUACAGGUGCAGCACUGGAUUAAAGGAAUACAGAUACAUGAGGAUUAAUGUUCAACGUAAAACAUUUAAAUACUCAAUAAAAGUUUAUAUUUAGUGUGCAAACAGACCUGAUGAGAACUGAAUUAUAGUCACAUAUGUAACAAACAUGUCUACUAAAUUUACCAUAACUGAUGGUUUUACUCUACGAGUCAUAGUGUGUCACAUUAAAAUGACACAUUAUUUGGUGUGCAGGUCAGAGCAGGAGCAGGGUAACAGCACAGAAACAUCUUUGUGUCAUGUGAUUUCUGUCUGAUUAUCAUCACCAGAGAGAGCACAGCCUUCAGAAUACACCUUCAUUAUUACGUAUAUAUUACUUCAUUAUGACAUAAACCUACAUAAACAUUAAUAAAAGCUUCAGAAGGUGUCAGUGUCAUGUUGUUUAAUCUGACUGUGUUCUUCUAAUUUACAGUCAUAGAAAUAAAAUAUAGAAGUCUAUAUCUGAUAUCAUUGUCAAUUCUCUCAGUCUUUACAUCAGCUGACACUUAUUACACUUUAUAAAUCUUCAUGUAGGUUCAUGUCAGUUGUUAUUUAUGUAGGUGUCAUUUAACCUCAUUAACAUGACACUUAUUAUGUUACCUGUUAUUUUCUAGGAGGUUUUAACGACAUUAUUUCAUUUCAUUUUCAUUCACCUGCAUCAUCCUCAACAACACUGGAACAAGAUAAACAACAAACUCACAGCAGCCUCCUUCUAGCUGACAUAACUUUCCUUUUUACUCAGAAGUGAAAAACCAUAUCUAUAUUCUUACAUUUAUUUAUUAAUAAACAGAUUUAAUGUACUGUUUGUUGGAUAUUUAAAAGGACAAGGGCGCACACACACACACACACACACACACACA